GGUGGUGGUCCUUCCCACCCUGCGAUCCUAUACCACUCUCGGUUGUCUCCUGCACAUACGGUCUUCCUUCUCGAUAAAUCUAAUUGCAUAGCUUCAAGUUCAAGCAUUUUGUGCAGAGCAAUAUUUGAUUUACUCCUUUUUCGCAUGUUAAUGUAUUUGCUAUAAGCUUCGCAAGCUUUGGAACCAUCCUCGCUCCUUGUCCUUACACGCUCCUUCGAUGCCUCCCGCCAAGAAAUCCAGAGCUUCAGGCGCUGGUCGUCAGUCGCGGCCAAGUGCCGUUCAAGCUGGUGAUCCUGUACCCGUUCGCGCAAAGCGUCGCUAUCGUCCUGGCACUGUCGCCCUUCGCGAAAUUCGACAUUAUCAAAGCGGCACUAAACUCCUCCUUCGAAAGCUCCCAUUUGCACGACUGGUCCGAGAAAUCGCACUAUCGAUGCGUCCCGCCGACGCGGGUUUGCGCUGGCAAAGUCAAGCGAUUAUGGCUCUUCAAGAAGCCGCCGAAGCAUUCAUGGUUCACUUAUUCGAGGAUACCAACCUUUGCGCCAUCCACGCCAAGCGCGUCACAAUUAUGCAGAAGGAUAUUCAAUUAGCAAGACGGAUACGCGGUAUGUGGGGUGGAUUGGGUUAGGGGAACGCAAUAUGGAAAAAGAAAAGAGCGAAAGGAACCUGGAUGGGAAUUGGUAAGAAUUUGGCUUUGGAGUGCGAACGGCGUUGGGCGCUUCGAGAUAUACCUGCUGUCGUAUUGUUUUUAUUCAUAUAUUUUGCUUCGCAUUCUGGCGUGUACGGAGUUUGGCACCCACAUUUGGCAAUUAUAGCAUUUCUGAAAUUUAAUAUGCGAUGGGCAAUCGCCAAUUGAUCUCUUCAUCUUAUUGCCG